AUGGAAAGUUCAUUAAGGGAAUCACUCAGUACAAUUCACAUGCAAAAGGUUUUUAUGUUGAUCAGGAUGGCCAAACGCUGUCGUGGUUUCCAAAUGCUGAGGCAACAUAUGAUGCUACCAGAUGAACCCCACAUCUUGUCUUGCAGAGAUUUAGAGUGUUCCAUAGAUACAUACCUUCCAAGCUAUUCGGGUUUAUUUGGUGUCAAGAAAGAAGCAGGCGACAAUUCAAAAUUUGUCGAUAUUGAACGACAAGACGGGAUUACCAUUAAUGAUUAUACCAAUAGUUAUGCUCAAAAGAGACUACCUCUAUGCGAGCAAUAUUCCUACCAUUCAUACGGCAAUUUAAGUUUGCCAGAAAUGAUGGAGCCUGAAAGAGAGGUGAAUUUUCAAGCGAGUUCCAUGGAUUAUCAAAUUAAGCCUGAAAGAGAGGUGAAGUUACAAGCGAGUACCAUGGGUUAUCAAAUUAAUGGCAAUUUUGAAUUGCCAAGAUUCACUUACAAUGAUUUUGUUGGAAGAAUUUUGUGA